GCUACUUCAACUGCCGUCUUCUCACCAGGAGCUCGAGCAAUUGAUAUUUUGUGCUUUUUGAUCUCCACUCAAUCCUUGUUUGUGCUCUGAAUUUCACCAUGCUUUACAAGAACGCUGCUGCUCGCUCUAUCCUGAGAGCUAUCUCCAGCUCCAAUGCCCCUGUGGCUCGCUCGGCCCUUGCUGGCAAUGUUUUCCGAGCCCGGUUGACGUCGUCCGCGCGGUAUCCCGUUCGCCCGACCUCCUCUCCCAGCCUUGCUCUGGCUGCCCACAAGCCUGUCACCACUGCUCUUGUCCGCUAUGCUUCUGCAUCAGCUAAGACCGGCGAGGAGAAUGCCGAGUCUGAACCUGAUAUGAUGGCUGGUAUGAAGAAGGACUUCGAGACAAUCAAGGAUACCUUCAGCCUCCGGGAUGUCCCCAAGGAUGCUCUGGCUCUAGGUCUGGCGGGUGUAGUCCCUUACUUGAUUACUUCUCUCCAGACGGUCUACCUUGCCUAUGAGACGAACCAGGCCGCUGCUGGUGGCCUCAUCCUGUCGGGCCAGAGUGCUGAGCUGGCGCUUCACUUGCUCGAGCCUAUCCAGGUCGGCUAUGGUGCUGUGAUUCUGUCCUUCCUCGGAGCCAUCCACUGGGGAUUUGAGUGGGCUGGAUACGGAGGAAAGUUCGGCUGGAGGAGAUACGCCCCUGGUGUGAUCGCUCCGGCGAUUGCAUGGCCCACACUGCUGUUCCCCGUGGAGUAUGCACUGAUCAGCCAGUUCCUUGCUUUCACCUUCCUGUACUACAAUGAUGCUCGGGCUGCUGGCGCUGGUGCGGCACCUCACUGGUACGGGAUGUACCGGUUCGUGCUGACCUUUAUCGUUGGCGCGAGCAUUGUGGCCAGCCUGAUCGGGCGCCAGCACAUUGCCACUUCUGGCGAGGGAGAGCACACUAUUACGGAAAAGGUCAGCGCUCUGCUGUACCUGAAGCAGAAGGAGCAGGAGGAGGCCGAGGCACGCCGCAAGGAGGAGGAGGCUGAGAAGCCGGAGUAAAUUGGAUGUACCAUGUACAGCAGGUAGUUAGGUAGAUUGGAAAGUGCGGUGUACUCUGGUAUGUUUUAUGUUAUUAUUAGCAUGUAGGAGAGGCAGAAAGGCGAGACAAGCGGAGAGUUUGAAUUCUGGUUUCCCCUUGGGGGAGUCGAGCGUAGAGCGAAGCGGGUCCAAAUAGAAUAAAUUAGAGUCAAGGUUUAAGAAUAUUUUUGGGGUGGCACAUGACCAGCAGAGAUUGUGGAUAUCAUUAACAAUGCUAAUAAAUCAAUAGUCUGGAUUGCGAUGGACGCGAUAAUAAUAUGCGCGAGGACUUCUCGAAGAACAGAUGACCAGAAAAAAGCAGAAAUAAUAGCGCAGUACGUACCCCCGUGGGACAGGUUCGCACCGAAAGCGAAUCACGGCCGGCAAGGGGGUCGGGGAUUCGGAGAUGGGCGGGGCAUGCUGCAUGGACAUACUGCAUACUAGGACGGACAGGGUGUAGUCUAGACCAGAGAUCUCUGGUUAUUUGAUCUAGCAUUGGAUACAUACUGUGGUUGUAAUUGGGCUUGCUGGAG